AUUUGAAAAAUCACAGCCAAACUAACCACAGGGAGACAGCCAUGGAAAGCUUGAAGCUCCCAUACUCUUUACGCAGCAGCCAUGGAAGCAAGGCUCUCAUUCCAUUUCCAUCUUCAUGCUUGUCUCCCAAACCACCCUCUACAAUCCUCCCAAACCGCCAAUUUGCGCUUUCCACUGGUCUUUUCACGAGAACCAUUACCCUUUUUUCUCCUAGUAUUUUGCCCUGUGGUCAUUGUGAACUCAUGGAAGCACGGCGCAUACAAUUUCACUCAAGAAGUACAUCAGCAUCAAUACAGCCCAUGACUGAGGAACUGAUGGGGGAUGCAUCCAAGGACCUACCUGUAAGUGGGGAUUCUAUACGCCGUCGAUUCCUUAAUUUUUAUGCUUCCCGUGGUCACAAGGUUCUUCCAAGUGCUUCUCUGGUGCCGGAUGAUCCAACAGUUCUACUGACAAUUGCUGGAAUGCUUCAAUUCAAGCCUAUAUUCCUUGGAAAGGUUCCCAGACAGGUUCCUCGCGCUACGACUGCACAAAGGUGUAUACGUACCAAUGAUGUGGAGAAUGUGGGUCGAACAGCUCGACAUCACACAUUUUUUGAGAUGCUUGGAAACUUCAGUUUUGGAGAUUACUUCAAGAAGGAAGCAAUUAAAUGGGCAUGGGAGCUUUCAACAGUGGAAUUCGGAUUGCCAGUUGACAGACUAUGGGUUAGUGUUUAUGAAGACGAUGAUGAAGCUUUUGAAAUCUGGCGUCAUGAGGUGGGGGUUCCUGUGGAGCAUAUAAAGAGGAUGGGUGCAGAUGACAAUUUCUGGAAUAGUGGAGUUACUGGUCCUUGUGGUCCAUGCUCAGAGCUUUAUUAUGAUUUCCAUCCUGAGAAGGGAAUUUUAGACACUGAUCUUGGAGAUGAUACUAGGUUCAUAGAGUUCUACAAUCUGGUUUUCAUGCAAUACAACAAAAAAGAGGAUGGUUCGCUCGAACCAUUAAAACAGAAGAAUAUAGACACUGGGCUUGGUCUAGAGCGUUUGGCUCGCAUCCUUCAGAAGGUUCCAAACAACUACGAGACUGACUUGAUUUAUCCCAUUAUAGAGAAGGCCUCAGAAUUGGCAAAUGUGUCAUAUGCUCUUGCUAAGGAUCAUACCAAGAUGAAGCUUAAAAUUAUAGGAGAUCAUUUGCGUGCAAUUGUAUAUCUCAUAUCAGAUGGGGUGUUCCCAUCAAACAUUGGGAGAGGGUAUGUUGUUCGGCGCCUCAUCAGAAGGGCUGUCCGUACUGGCAGGUUGCUUGGUAUAAAGGGGGAUGGUAGGGGUAACCUUGAAGGAGCAUUUUUACCAGUCGUUGCGGAAAAAGUAAUAGAAUUAAGCACACUUAUUGAUGCGGAUGUAAAAGACAUAGCAUCCCGUAUUCUUGAGGAGUUGAAAAGGGAAGAACUUCGUUUUGUACAGACAUUGGAGAGAGGAGAAAAAUUGCUGGAUGAAAUGCUAGCUGAUGCAUUAUUAAGUGCAAAAGAAAAUGGAACUGCACCUUGUUUGUCCGGCAAAGACGCCUUUCUUUUGUAUGACACAUAUGGGUUUCCAGUUGAGAUAACAAAAGAAGUGGCUGAAGAACGUGGUGCCAGUAUAGAUAUCGAUGGUUUUGAUAUCGAAAUGGAGAACCAAAGGCGCCAAUCUCAGGCUGCACAUAGUGCUGUUAAACUUGCAGUUGGAAAUGGUGCAGAUCUUGCAGAAGAUGUACCUGACACUGAAUUUCUUGGAUAUGACACCCUUUAUGCUAGAGCGGUAGUGGAAAGCCUUCUCGUGAACGGGAACCCUGUGAUACAGGUUUCUGAAGGAAGUGAUGUAGAAGUUCUGCUGAACAGGACUCCAUUUUAUGCUGAAUCAGGUGGUCAAAUUGGAGAUCAUGGAUUUCUAUAUUUCAACAAUGGUGAAAGCCUACAGAAAGCUGUUGUUGAGAUAAAAGAUGUCCAAAAAUCUUUUGGUAACAUAUUUGUUCAUAAGGGUACUAUUAGAGAGGGAGUUCUAGAGGUUGGUAGAGAAGUGGAAGCAGCGGUAGAUGCUAAACUGAGGCAGCGAGCUAAGGUUCAUCAUACUGCUACUCAUUUGCUACAAGCUGCACUUAAGAAAGUUGUAGGGCAGGAAACAUCACAAGCCGGUUCAUUGGUUUCUUUUGAUCGUCUCAGAUUUGAUUUCAAUUUCCACCGACCACUUCUUGACAGUGAGCUCAUGGAAAUUGAAGGACUAAUUAACAGAUGGAUUGGGGAUGCAACACUCCUUCAAACUAAAGUCAUGCCUCUUGCUGACGCAAAAAGAGAUGGGGCUAUUGCAAUGUUUGGGGAAAAAUAUGGAGAACAGGUGCGUGUUGUAGAGGUCCCAGGUGUAUCAAUGGAACUUUGUGGUGGGACCCAUGUUAGCAAUACCUCUGAGAUACGUGGCUUCAAAAUAAUCUCAGAGCAGGGUAUUGCAUCUGGAAUUAGACGUAUAGAAGCUGUGGCUGGUGAAGCUUUCAUUGAAUAUGUCAAUGCUAGAGAUUACCAUAUGAAAAAUCUAUGUUCGACUCUCAAAGUCAAAGCUGAAGAAGUAACAACCAGGGUAGAAAACCUCCUAGAGGAGUUACGGAUGGCAAGAAAUGAAGUUUCUGCUUUGCGAUCAAAAGCAGCAGAAUACAAAGCAUCAAUUAUUGCAAGCAAGGCAUUCCCAGUGGGAACCUCAAAAAAGAUAAGGGUAUUAGUGGAGUGCAUGGAUGAUACUGAUGCUGAUUCACUAAAAAGUGCGGCGGAGUAUCUGGUGGAUGUGCUAGAAGAUCCAGCAGCUGUCGUAUUGGGCUCCUGUCCAGGGGAAGGGAAGGUUAGUCUGGUUGCUGCAUUCACUCCUGGAGUCGUUGAUUUAGGAGUACAGGCAGGGAAGUUCAUAGGGCCUAUAGCUAAGUUGUGUGGUGGGGGAGGGGGUGGCAGGCCUAAUUUUGCUCAGGCAGGCGGGAGGAAGCCUGAAAAUUUGUCGAGUGCUCUGGAAAAAGCCCAGUCAGAGCUUGUUUCAAUCCUGACUGAGAAGGCAAGCUGACAUUUUCUCAGUUGCAAGUUUACACAAGACAACAAUUUUUGCUCCUCCUCAAGGCUGCAGAGCAAUUCUUUGUUUAUCUCACACAGACAUGGCUGUAGAUUGUGGCAAAUUACAAUACCCUCCUUUGUUUAAAGUAGGAAAAAAAAAUUUAGAGCAUGUACAGAUUUGCUUCAUUGGUUCCACACAAUUAGGUUCUAGUGACAGGACAUUAUGUUAUGGUUUUCUACUAGGCCCUCAAAGUCUUGGUCUUGUGAUACUUCAGUAUGGAAAAUUAUUAGUUUCAAGAAUGAAAGGCUACCAACUUUGACAAA